AUGGGAAAGCCAAAAACACUUGAUUCAUUCUUUAAGAAAAAAGAUGGGAGUCAAUCAGAAGUUAGUACUUGUACACAUUUAGAGAGACCUUUAGCAACGGAUCUCGAGGCUUUAGUGACUAAUGAGCGUCCCUCCAAAUGUCCACGAAUUCAACCUGAAGAAAUGAAUGCUACCUUUUUGGAACGUGAUCUAGGAUUACGUCCGCAAAUAUGGGAAUUCCCUGUUAACUUACAAGAUGACAUUCGACGUGCUUAUAUUAGAGCCAAACCAUGUCAACCCAAGCUUUCGGAAUAUUCAUAUUCAGGAAUGGGUAAUAAUCGUCGCCGAUUUCAAGCCUCUUGGUUUGAUACAUACUCAACUUGGUCGGAGUACUCAAAAUCAAAGGAUGCUAUAUUUUGUCUUCCAUGCUAUGUUUUUGCUAAGAAACCAACAGGUCGUCCAGGAUCAGAUGCAUUUACAGUGAAAUGUCUUAACAAUUGGAAAAAGGCAAGCGAUGAGAUGAAUAGUUCUUUAAUGAGACAUGUGGGGAAAGAUCCAAAUUCACCACAUAAUAUUGCCGUGAAAUGUUGUGAGGAUCUAAUGAAUCAGUCAGGGCAUAUUGACAAGAUAGUUGAAAAAGGUCACGAUGAAAGUUCUGGCUCGAAAAAUCAAGGUAACUUCAUUGAAUUGGUAAAGCUCCUAGAAAGCUAUAAUGACGAUGUUGCUGGACUUGUCUUGGAAAAUGCUCCAAAAAAUGCCAAAUAUACAUCACCCAAAAUUCAAAAGGAAAUCCUACAUAUCAUUGCAAAUAAAGUGCGGGAUGCGAUUAGAAAAGAAAUUGGGGAUGCCAAAUUUUGCAUUCUCGUUGAUGAAGCUCGGGAUGAAUCAAAAAGGGAGCAAAUGGCUAUUAUUUUGAGGUUUGUUGAUAAAGAUGGUUUUAUUAGGGAGCGAUUCUUUCAUAUUGUGCAUGUUAAAGAUACUUCUGCAUCAACUUUGAAAAAAGAGAUAUGUGUUGUUCUUUCUCGUUAUAAUCUCCAAAUUGAAAAUAUUCGAGGCCAAGGAUAUGAUGGAGCUAGUAAUAUGCGUGGUGAAUGGAAUGGAGAAGCCAAGCGCUUUCAUCAAUUCUUUAUCCAGUUGGCUUCAAUUAUUAAUAUUGUUGGGGGUUCUUCUAAACGUCAUGAUGACUUGCAAUCUAUUCAUGCUGUUGAACUUGAAAAUUUGGUUGCUUCUAAUGCAAUUGAGACUGGAAGGGGGAUAAACCAAAUUGGCACUUUGCAACGACCUGGAGAUACUUGA